AUGAGCUCCUGCAGGACACAUGCAGAGUGGGUCUGUGGGCUGCCAGGCUGGGAUGUGGAAGGGGUGAGGGACAACCCAGUGGGAGAGGCAGUGAUCAGGAGCCUGGAGCUGGGUGGAGAUGGUGGUGAGGAGGACUCCAAGGAGACCUGGUGGGACAGAAGGGUCAGAAAGCUGAACAAGCAAGGGAAGCCGUAUGUCUUUGACAGAGUGUUACCUCCUAAUACAACCCAGGAACAAGUUUAUAAUGCCUGUGCCAAGCAGAUUGUUAAAGAUGUUCUUGAAGGCUACAAUGGCACAAUCUUUGCUUAUGGACAGACAUCAUCAGGAAAAACGCAUACUAUGGAGGGGAAGCUGCACGACCCUCAGCUCAUGGGAAUCAUUCCGAGAAUUGCACAUGACAUCUUUGACCACAUCUAUUCCAUGGAUGAAAACCUGGAGUUUCAUAUAAAGGUUUCCUACUUUGAGAUAUAUUUGGACAAAAUAAGGGACCUACUUGAUGUGUCAAAGACAAACCUCGCUGUACAUGAAGAUAAAAACAGAGUCCCAUAUGUUAAGGGUUGUACAGAAAGAUUUGUAUCUAGUCCUGAAGAAGUUUUGGAUGUCAUUGAUGAAGGGAAAGCUAACCGUCAUGUAGCCGUUACAAAUAUGAAUGAACACAGCUCUAGGAGCCACAGUAUCUUCCUCAUUAAUAUUAAACAAGAGAAUGUGGAAACUGAGAAGAAACUCAGUGGAAAGCUUUACCUGGUAGACUUGGCUGGAAGCGAGAAGGUCAGCAAAACCGGAGCGGAGGGCGCUGUUCUUGAUGAAGCUAAAAAUAUCAAUAAGUCUUUGUCUGCUUUAGGCAAUGUGAUAUCUGCCUUGGCAGAAGGAACUAAAACCCACGUUCCAUACCGAGACAGCAAAAUGACCCGAAUCCUUCAGGAUUCCCUGGGUGGGAACUGCAGAACCACCAUCGUGAUAUGCUGUUCUCCUUCUGUGUUCAACGAAGCAGAAACAAAGUCAACUCUGAUGUUCGGACAGCGAGCUAAGACAAUUAAGAACACGGUCUCUGUGAAUCUGGAGCUGACCGCAGAGGAGUGGAAGAAAAAGUACGAGAAGGAGAAAGACAAAAACAAGAGUCUAAAGAAUGUUAUCCAGCAUCUAGAGCUGGAACUGAACAGGUGGAGAAACGGAGAAGCUGUGCCUGAAGAUGAACAGAUCAGUGCUAAGGACCAGAAGAACCUGGAGCCUUGUGAUAACACCCCAAUUAUUGACAACAUCACACCAGUUGUUGCCAGCAUCUCGACAGAGGAGAAACAGAAAUACGACGACGAGAUUGCCAGUCUCUACAGACAGCUGGAUGAUAAGGAUGAUGAAAUCAACCAGCAGAGCCAGUUGGCUGAAAAACUAAAGCAACAAAUGUUGGAUCAAGAGGAGCUGUUGGCCUCCACUAGGAGAGAUUAUGAGAAGAUUCAAGAGGAGCUGACCCGUCUUCAGAUUGAGAACGAAGCAGCAAAAGAUGAAGUGAAAGAGGUCCUUCAAGCCCUGGAAGAAUUAGCUGUCAAUUAUGAUCAGAAAUCCCAAGAAGUGGAGGACAAAACAAGAGCCAAUGAGCAGCUGGCUGACGAGCUGGCACAGAAGAGUAGUGCCCUGACAGCGACCCAGAGGGAGCUGGGCCAGUUGCAGGAGCUUAGUAACCAUCAGAAGAAGAGAGCUACAGAAAUCUUGAACUUGCUGCUUAAGGACCUGGGAGAGAUUGGAGGUAUCAUUGGUACUAACGACGUUAAAACAUUAGCAGAUGUGAACGGGGUGAUUGAGGAGGAGUUCACCAUGGCACGGCUUUACAUCAGCAAGAUGAAGUCUGAGGUGAAGUCUCUGGUGAACCGCAGCAAGCAGUUGGAGAGCGCCCAGAUAGACUCCAACAGGAAGAUGAAUGCCAGCGAGAGGGAGCUUGCAGCUUGCCAGCUCCUCAUUUCACAACAUGAAGCAAAGAUCAAGUCCCUUACAGACUACAUGCAAAAUAUGGAGCAGAAGAGAAGGCAGCUGGAAGAGUCACAGGACUCUCUCAAUGAAGCACUUGCCAAAUUACGUGCUCAAGAAAAAAUGCACGAAGUCAGUUUCAAGGAUAAGGAGAAGGAGCAUCUGACCCGGCUUCAGGACGCAGAGGAGAUGAAG